AUGGGCGCCUCCAUAUCUUCCUCUUUGAGGACUGGGCCGCUCUUCUUUCUUGGUAUUCUCUGCUUAUGCGCUAUUGAUAGCGCACUUGGAGAGGAUACCUCUUUCUACAAAUCGAGACCCGACAUAUACCCGCCCGUCUUCAAUGUCGAAAAGUCCAAUCCAGACAAGCUCAGCCCGGGCUACAUCUUCAUCACACCAUACGAACUACAGAACCCCGGCCCAUACAUUUACGACAACACAGGGGAAUUAGUAUGGAGCGGCUGGGGUAUUUCGGGGCCAGGCAACGCCCAUGGCCUCCACGUGUGUAAGUAUAAGGGCGCGGAUCACCUAUGUUUCUUCCAGGGCAACCAGCAAAAAGGAUACUGUCGCGGGCAUGGUAUCAUCAUGGAUAAAAACUACCGAGUCGUGCGAUCAGUUCAGCCGGGUGGAGGAAUGGCCUCGAGCGACAUGCACGAAUUUCGUCCCAUCAACGAUGGCAAAACCGCUCUCAUGACCAUCUACCAGCAACGGCAAUUCGACAUGACACCGUGGAACGUCAAAACUGGGGUAGGGUGGAUUAUGGAGAGUGUUUUCCAGGAGGUGGAGGUGGAAACCAACAAGGUCCUGUUUGAAUGGCGGUCUCUCGAUCAUGUUGAUCCAUCGUCGAGCUAUACAUGGCCGGCUCAUACGGACACUUCUGGAACGGGAUUGAACGUGCAUGAGCCUUGGGAUUACUUCCAUAUCAACUCCAUCGACAAGAAUGCUGCCGGUGACUAUCUGAUUUCGUCGCGGCAUACUUUGGCCGUCUACAAGAUCUCCGGUACGGAUGGCUCGGUGAUGUGGAGGCUUCACGGCGCGCAGCCCUCUUUCCGGAAUAUCAAUUUCAGCUUCUCGCAACAGCAUGACGCCCGGUGGUUGUAUGAGAAUGCUACGCACACCUUUCUCUCACUUUACAACAAUGGCUAUAACGGCUUCAACAAGACCCAUACCUAUUCAGCGGGCAUGAUCAUCAUGAUCGACCACGAGGAAAAAAACGGCCCUUCAGAUCCGCAAUUACGUCCCAAUCCAACACGACCUAGUGAGCUCCAGCCAGGGAAACCUUCAAAUGCUCCCCUAACAGAAAUGCCUUCAUCGGAUGGGGAAAUAACCCACACCGUGAUGAACUACCGCGCAAUGAAGUUCGAAUGGGACGGUGUACCAACAGACUCACCUGCUCUAUGGACAUACUCCCGAAGCGCGGAACGAUUAUCCCCUACCAGCUUCUAUGUCAGUUGGAAUGGUGCAACUCGCGUCAACAAAUGGCGAUUUUGGGGAGCGAUGAACAUGACCGGACCUUGGACCUUGCUGGACGAGGUUUCCAAAACCGGCUUCGAGACAGAAUACACCAACUCCAGUUUCUACCUUUGGGCUAAGGCCGAAGCGGUGGACCGCGAGGGCAUUGUGCUGGGAGAGUCCGAGACCAAGUAUACCUUUGUGCCCUCGUCCGAGCUGAGCGAAUUCUGCGCCGACUCUACCUGUUUCGAUGCACAAGGAUAUGGAUAUCCCGGUGAAGAGGCAGCCGUCCCUUUCAUUCCGCCAGUAGGUGUCAACACCGUGCCGUGGAUUGACCCCAACAACCCGGGCUCCAAUAUUUGGACACAUCCCUCGAGCUAUCCCAGUCCUUCCGGUACUCCGAAUUACUCGGACGGGUGGGACAUUGGCCGUCUACUCGCCUGGGGCACCGUUCUCCUCGUGGUGAUCCCGCUCUUCGCGGGAGCCUUCCUCGGACAUCGAUACUAUACCAGGCAUUCGUUAAAUCAAUCGGAGGAUCAGGAGUCCUCUGGGUUGAUGAAUGAGAUGGCUGAGCGGAAGCACCCUCCCUUACAGGCCACCGAUCUCCCCUGGUGGAAUUGGCGGCGAUGGUUCAGCGAGGACGAAGCAACUUCCUAUCUCCCGCUCGGUGAGCGGCGUCUAUACAGUCACAGGCGCUCUCGUUCGCGCAACGAAUAG